AUGUCGGCGGGAGCUGCGCGCGGCGAGAUCGCCCUCUCCGAGGCCGACACGCCGCGCGACGCGCUGCUUGCCAUGCAGGCGCAGUACGAGCGGAUCGUCGACCAGCUCCGGCGGGACGCGGCGCAGCAGGAGGCGCUGCGAGAAGCGCAAGCUGCCGAGGGAGAGGCGCGGGUCAUCGAGCGCAUCUGCUCCGUGGAGAGGGAGGCGUCGGCGCGCGAGCUCCAGCGCCUAGCGACGAUCGAGGCGAUUCGUGCGCAGGCAGCGGUGCGACCAGCCUUGGCGGCAGAGUGCGCCGCGUGCCGGGAGCGAUCUGCGGCGCUGCGCGAGCUGCGCGAGCAGCGUGCCGCGACGGAGGGCGCGCUGCGCGCCACCCUCGCUGCGGAGUCGGAGCGCCUGCGCGGCGCGCGGCGCGAGGUUCUCGAGCUGCACGCUGCGCGUGCGAGGGAGGCGCUGGAGGGCGGAGCCGCCGAGGUUGGCGCGGCACUAGAGGCGAAAGAGGCGCUGGAGGCGAAAGAGGCGCUGGAGGAGAGGGAGGCGCUGGAGGCGCGGCUCGAGGCGAGCGAGGCGGAGGCGAGGUCGCUGCGCGAGGAGUGCGGCCUGGCGAGCGACGCGGCGCGCAGGCUCGAGGCGGAGGCGGGCGAGCUGGGCAGGGAGAACGCGGCGCUGCGGGAGGAGCUGGCGGAGGCGCGGGAGGAGCUGGGAGUUUCGCGGGAGGAGCGCGAAGGGGAGGGGGCGCGGUGGGCGCGCGCCCUCGAAGAGGCGAGGGCGAGGGCGAGGGGGAGGGCGGACGGCGCGGCGGCCGCCGCUGCGGCGGAGAGCUCAGCGCUUGCGCAGCGGCUGCGGGCGGCGGCGGCGCGCGCGGAGGCGGCGCUGGGGCACGCGGCCUCGCGGCUCGCCGCCUGCGAGAGGGCGCUGCGGCGCGAGCGGCGGGAGGGCGCGGAGCGGGACGCGGCGCUCGAGGUUGCGCUCGAGGAGCUGGCGCUGCUGCGGGCAGAGGCGUGCGAGCACAGCCGGUCGCGCGCGGCGGCGCGCGUGAGGAGCGCGCGCUGCCGGCUCGCUUCCUCGGGGAGCAGGGGUGCUCACGGCGGGACGAUGCGCCAUGGCUGUGCCGACUUGUGUACUCCGAGAUGUCUAUAG